AUGCCAGCGGAUGAAUCUGUCGGCAAUGGCGCCGACAAUGGUACCGAGAAGAAGGAGGCACCCAAGAAGCGAGUUCUUCCCUCAUUGCUCAACCACGUCAAUGGGAACGAUCUCAAAACUCUUUUCCGCUGUUCCAUAGCAGCUUGGGUUGCUGCUCUUUUGAUAUUCAUCGAGCCUUCUCUGCAAAGCAUCGGCAUUUCUACCUUUUUUGCUGCCCUAGUUCUCUUUGUCACGCCGCCGGCUGGCAUCCUUCUCAUCUACCUCCUCGGAUCUCUAUCGCUCCUUGUCGGGCUGUGUUUAGGGUGGGCCUGGGGAAUCUUGACAAUGAAGGCUGCAUUGGCUGCCCGUCCCGCUUCAGAUACCCAGGCACAACUCCAAGCCCUGCAGCAGGCCGCGGUUGCUCAGGCACAAAGCACUGGCCAAAAUGCAGCGGUCAUCAGUAAGAUACUGGUAUAUGAGGGUCAUAUGCUAGAUGCACGCGUCACGGUUGUUUACUACGUCAUGUCUUGUGCAUUCAUCUACUUCUUGUCACGCUUACGAGCAAACAACGUCAAGCUUACCCUUCUUCAUCUCUUUGGCAACAUCGUCGUCGAUGUGUUUCUGUUGACCGGGCCCCUUCUACCGACCUUCACUCCGCUUCUGGGGCAGGUAUUGGUGAAGCCAGGAGCCAUUGGAGUAGGCAUUGGCGCAGUGUGUUGCUUGAUCUUCUUUCCACAGUCUACUUCCUACGUGGUUCUUCGAAAAAUGGAACAACUCAUUCGCAUGUUCGACAUCCCCCUUGCCUUGACACAGCAACGAUUUACUACUCAAAAACUGGAAGUGGAGCAAUUGAGGCAAAGCAAAGAUGGCAUGAUUGCCCUUUACAAAGCCAUGGAGCCAGAAAUUGCCUUCCUUCCCCUGGAUAUUUCCCGUGGCCGGUGGAAUGCCGACGACGUCAAGGGCCUAAAGGAAUGCAUUCGCCAGACUAUGAUAGCCAGCACAUCUCUGAUCGAUUUCCACAUCACCACCACUAUGGCUCUGCAGAAGGAACGCAAAGCAGGCUUGCAGUACGAUAAACACUCUAGUGACGGGCAGACGGGAGAAAAGGGCGGUCACGAGAUUGGUCAACGCCAUGUUUUGCAAUACGCAGAGCUUAUGAAGGCACUUCGAACCCCAGAGCAGAGCGAUCUUCGCACUCGAAUGAUAGAAGCUAUGCGCGAAACAACCGCGCAAGUACGCCAAGCUUGUUCAGAGUCCAUCUCAGUCGUGGUCGAGUGUGUUCAUACCGUCAAUACUCGUCGGUGGAUCCGCCAGCCAUCCCAGCAAGUGUUUGAUGCGCUGGUUCAUCGAAUGGAGACAGCCUUGGCGGCGUUGCAGUCUGCCCGCGAGUUCUGCGUUACCAAUACCACCGAAGCAAUUAUAGACUGUCACUCCGAUCUUUUUGACCAAGACGGCCAGCUGAAGAUAUCAGACACUCUUCAGCCACAGUCUCUGCAGGCGAUGAUGGUCGCCAUGGUAUUGGAAGAACGUAUAUUAGGAGUGGCUGAGGCAACGGAGACGAUGCUGAAACACGUUCUUCAGCUGACGACCUCACAAACCCGGCAUCGCAUCUGGCUCCCGUCCCGGAUACGUUAUGCCUUUCACUGGAUUUUCAGUGGAAGGAAAACAAUUCCAAUCGCCGGUGUCUCUGAUGACGGCGGAGCAGAUGAUCCAGACGUAGCCGAUGAACAGUCCAAAGAGGUGCGCCAGCGACUCCGUCUCAUCCGAGGCUAUGAGGCUCCCACCCGGGCAGGCCCAGUUGCCAGAGCUAUUGCCGGAACCUACCGUUGGUUCACCAACCCAGCUGGCAUGUAUGCCAUGCGAAUGGUUGUCGUAACACUUGCCACUGCCAUUCCCGCAUCUAUUCCUCACUCGGCUGGCUUCUUCUAUCGCGAGAAGGGAUUGUGGGCUGUCAUCACCGCACAGACAUGCGUCCUCCUUUACAUGGCUGAUUUUACCUUUUCCCUCAUCUCCAGAGCGCUCGGCACAGUGAUUGGAGGAGUCUUUGGCCUUGUUGCGUGGUACAUAGGAUCUGGCAGUGGUCCAGGUAACCCAUACGGGUUGGCCGCCAGUGUGGCAGUUUUCACCGUCAUCUCUAUUUGGCUGAGGAUAUUUUUACCGCUGGCAUAUACCCAGGCAACGGCCAUGUGUGGCGUCACCUUCAUCCUCAUCAUUGGUUUCAGCUAUGACAAUGUCCAUCUACCGCAGUACGGGAACCCAGGCAGAGGAUAUCAGGCAUUCUGGAAGCGAUUGGUCACUGUCUUGUUGGGCUUUCUCGCUGCGACCAUUGUUCAGCUCUUCCCCAAGCCACCGUCUGCCACCGGACACGUGUGCAAGACUCUGGCGAAUACCGUUCGUACCUUGUCAGACUAUUACGCCCUGUUGUUAUCACAUUGGAGUCGGGCGAACCAGGAGGGCCCCAUUGGGGCUACUGCCAUAGAGGAGCUUACGCUAGAGGUUGCAGAGAUUCUCUCAUCAUUGAACGGCUCAUUGGCCCUUCUAAAGGUGGACUUUAGUGCAGGCCCGUUCGAUCAAGCGGUUCUACGUCAAACUCAAGAGCAGUGCCGAAACAUGAACCAAGCGCUCGGGAGACUCUUGUAUCUGUCGACUACUCUUCCCAAAGAGUUUCAAGAGAGACUAGUCACUGCUCUUGGAAUAUUGGAUGAUGGCGCUAUCGGAAACAUCAUGGCUGUGCUGGCAAUCGUCGAACAAGCCCUGCGGACCGGAUCCCCUCUCCCCGAAAGACUUCCUGUGCCUCUUGUCCGUACCUGCUUUGAGUCCCUAUCCUAUGCGCAGCACCACAAGAUUGAACUAAGCACAUCGCUUGUGCGAGACGAGAAUUACCGACGGUAUUGUGUUGCCGUGUCAUCCUACUUGAAAUUUCUUACCGCAAUCGAUGAUUUAGUCUUGUGUUUGAAGGAAGCACUGGGAGAGCGUCACGUUAUUUAUCUAUGGGACGAUGAUGUUUAA